AUGAGAUUACCACUACUAUUAUUUCUAAUCACAGGAGUGCUUCCAUCUCCAAUAGAUAUCCCUUCAAAGCAAUUCAUAGUGGAGGACUUACCAGGUAUAGAUCAAAUACCUAAAGAUGAAAGACCCAUAAUGUAUUCAGGUCAUUUAGAGUUAAAUUCCACUAUUGAUGAAAAUUAUUUUUUUUGGAAAUUUAUAAAACCAUCAACUCAAUUCAACAGAACUAUAUUCUGGCUGAAUGGUGGUCCUGGUUGUUCUUCAAUGGAUGGUGCCCUGAUGGAGUCUGGUCCUUUUAGAGUUGAUGAGAAUGAGAACUUGUAUAUGAAUAAAGGUUCUUGGCAUGAAGUUGCUAAUUUAGUAUUUGUUGAUCAACCAGGUGGUACAGGAUUUAGUAUCACUAAAGACUAUGAUAAGGAUCUGAUUAGAGUUGGUGAGGAUUUUGUUGUUUUUUUGGAAAAAUACUUCCAAGUGUUUCCAGAGGAUUUAAAUAAUGAAAUUUUCAUAUCUGGUGAAAGUUAUGCUGGUCAAUAUAUUCCAUUUAUUGCUGAUACUAUUUUCAAAUCAGAUAAAGAGUUUGCAAAGAAUUUAAAAGGUUUAAUCAUUGGUAAUGGUUGGAUUGCUCCAAAUAUUCAAAGUUUAAGUUAUAUCCCAUAUUUAUUAGAUGUUGGCAUAUUACAUACAAGUGAUGAAUUCAUGCCACGCUUGUUGAAGCAACAAGAACAUUGUCAAAAUUUGGUUAAUAAUCCAGUAAAUGAUGAUAAAUUUUCAAUUUAUGAAUGUGAAAAUAUAUUGACAAGAAUAUUACAAUACACUAGAGAUAAAAAAGCUCCAAAAGAUCAACAAUGUAUUAAUAUGUAUGAUAUUGGGUUAAAAGAUAGUUAUCCAAGUUGUGGUAUGAAUUGGCCUCCUGAUUUAAAAUAUGUUCAACCUUAUUUACAAAAAGAUCAAGUUGUGGAAAGUUUAAAUCUAAAUGUUUCAAGAGUUAAAAAAUGGAGAGAAUGUGAUGGUGAUGUUUCAAAAUUUUUGAAAAAUAAAAAAAUAAAACCUUCUUUUAAUUUAUUUCCUUCGUUAUUAGAAAAAGUGGAAAUUAUGUUGUUUAAUGGUGGUCAUGAUAUCAUUUGUAAUAAUUAUGGUGUCCUAGAUCUAAUUAAUAAAUUACAUUGGGGUGGUUCAACAGGGUUUUCCCCGGAUACUGAGGAAUUCAUUUGGAAAUAUAAUGAUGAAUUAACAGGUUCGGUGAAAACAAGUAAAAAUUUAACAUUUGUUGAUGUUUAUAAUUCUUCACAUAUGGUUCCUUUUGAUUUACCUGAAAAAUCAAGAGGUGUCUUUGAUUUAUUUGUUAAGAAUUUUGAUAUUAUUGAUAAAGAUGGUUCAAGUUUCAUUCAAACUCCU